AUGUCGGUGUAUGCCAAUUCACAGCUGCAGCAAUCACAGAGCCAGCUGCAACUGCAGAAAAGAGAACACCAACGAAGACUCAACGAGUUGUUGGACUCCAUCAAGCAAGAAUUCGACUUUGCCUACCAUGAGGCAUCAAACUACUCCAAAGUGAAGGAGGAUUACGACUUGAAGUGCAACCAGCAGACUGCAGAAAUGCAGCAGAUCCGCCAGACAGUGUAUGAGUUGGAAAUGGCCCAUAGAAAGAUUAAGGAGGCCUACGAGGAGGAGAUCUUGAGAUUGAAGACAGAGUUGGAAAACAGAGACAGACAGGCCCAUCUGGGCAAGCCCAACGGCGCCCCCACGCCUCAGUACCCUUACUCGUACCAACAACAACAACAUCAGCAGCAGCCUCAGCAGCCUCCUCAGCCCCAGCAGCAGCCUCCACCACCAGUUUCCCAUCAGCAGCAGCAACAGCAGCAGCAGCAGCAGCCAGCUCUGCAACCGGGGUCUAUUAAACCUCCUAAGGCCGAGGCCAAAAAGCUGCCUAACGUGUCCAGAUCCGAGUCAACCGUGAAGGACCCAUCGAAAGCUCUGGAAUUCUCCUCGAGUUUGACCGUGGUGGAUAAAUCCCAGUACAUUGUCAACCCUCAGGAAAAGAAUUUGCACGUUAAAGAGAUUCCUCCUUUCCUUGCUGAUUUGGACGUUGCAAAGGCCAACCCAGACUUUAAGAAACAGACCCCAGACUUCUACGUGCUUUACAACCCUGCGUUCAAGCGUGACUUGGACGUGGACUUGGUCCAAUCUUUGGACCAUUCCUCCGUGGUUUGCUGCGUCAAGUUCUCCAAAAAUGGCGAGUUUAUCGCAACCGGUUGUAACAAGACCACCCAAGUGUUCGACGUCAAGACUGGUGCUUUGAUCGCCAAGUUGAUCGAUGACAACAGCUCCAACAGCACCUCUGUCGAAGGUGAGGGUGAAGGGGACAAGGAUGCUGGUGCCAAUUCGGCGGCUUCGAACGCUAAUGGCGACUUGUACAUUAGAUCGGUCUGCUUCUCGCCCGACGGCAAGCUUUUGGCUACCGGUGCUGAGGACAAGUUGAUCAGAAUCUGGGACUUGUCAACAAAGAGAAUCAUCAAGAUCUUGAGAGGCCAUGAGCAGGACAUCUACUCGUUGGACUUCUUCCCUGACGGUGACCGUUUGGUGUCUGGCUCCGGUGAUCGCACCGUGAGGAUUUGGGACUUGAGAUCCUCUACAUGCUCCUUGACGUUGUCCAUUGAGGACGGCGUCACUACUGUUGCUGUCUCGCCAAACGGCAAGUUGAUCGCUGCCGGUUCCUUGGACAAGACCGUGAGGGUGUGGGACUCUUCCACUGGUUUCCUUGUUGAAAGAUUGGACUCCGGUAACGAGAGCGGCAAUGGCCACCAGGACUCUGUUUACUCCGUCGCCUUCUCGACCAACGGUAAUCAGAUUGCAUCUGGCUCCUUGGAUAGAACAGUCAAGUUGUGGAAUCUUGAAGGCAAGACUGAAGGCGCAGUCAGCGGCCAGUCUAUUGCCAAGAAGUCUAGUUGCGAGGUCACCUACAUUGGCCACAAGGACUUUGUGUUGAGUGUCUGCUCAACCCCAGACAGUGAGUACAUUUUGUCCGGAUCCAAGGAUCGUGGAGUCAUUUUCUGGGACCAGUUCUCUGGUAACCCAUUGUUGAUGUUGCAAGGUCACCGCAACUCUGUCAUAUCUGUCGCCGUCUCAUUUAACUCUCUGGGUACUGAGGGUGUAUUCGCCACUGGAAGUGGUGACUGCAAAGCCAGAUUGUGGAGAUGGAAGAAGCAGUAA